AUGGUCGGCUCCAAUAUUCUGGCUCUAGCUCUGCUGGUUCCCGCUGCAGUCUCGUCUGCCAUUCACCCCCAUCGCCGGCAGUCAGGACUUGAUGGAUUCAUCCAGUCCGAGGCUUCGGUUUCACUUCAGGGCAUUCUGAACAAUAUCGGACCCGACGGCUCCGCUGUUUCCGGGGCAUCUGCCGGCGUUGUGGUCGCUUCGCCCUCGAAAACAAACCCCGAUUAUUUUUAUACAUGGAGUCGUGACGCGGCCUUGACACUCAAGGUAUUGAUCGAUCAAUUCAUCGCAGGUGAUAGUUCCCUCGAGGCGGUCAUCCAACAGUACAUUUCCGCCCAGGCCAAGCUGCAGGCCGUAUCGAACCCAUCGGGAGAUCUGUCCAACGGAGCAGGCCUUGGAGAACCCAAGUUCGAGACCAAUUUGACUGCCUUCACUGGAGACUGGGGCCGACCACAACGCGAUGGACCAGCCCUCCGCGCAACAGCUCUCAUCGCAUACGGAAACUACCUCCUCUCUUCCGGAAAACAGUCGGUAGUGAAGUCGAACAUCUGGCCCACCGUGCAAAACGACCUCAACUACGUGGCUCAAUACUGGAACCAGACCGGAUUCGAUCUGUGGGAGGAAGUUCAGGGAUCAUCCUUCUUCACCAUCGCCGCACAACAUCGCACCUUGGUCGAGGGAACUGCCUUCGCCAAAUCGCUCGGAGAGGCGUGUGAUGGCUGUGACUCUCAAGCCCCGCAGUUACUUUGCUUCCUCCAGGAUUUCUGGAACGGAAGUGCGGUCAUCUCGAACUUGGCCAAUAAUGGUCGUUCCGGAUUGGAUGUCAAUUCCAUUCUCAGCUCGAUCCAGACCUUCGACCCCAGCGCUACUUGUGACGAUAGUACUUUCCAGCCAUGCUCUGCUCGUGCGCUCCUCGCUCAUAAGGCGGUAGUUGAUUCAUUCCGAUCCAUCUACAAGGUCAACAGUGGCAAAGAGGCUGGCAGUGCCGUGGCUAUUGGUCGCUAUCCUGAAGACACUUACCAAGGAGGCAAUCCCUGGUACCUCGCAACUUUGGCCGCCGCCGAGCAACUCUACGAUGCCCUCUACCAGUGGAAGCAACAAGGAUCUCUGGCCAUCACGCAGACCAGCCUGCCCUUCUUCCAGGAUCUGGACUCGACAGCUCGCGUGGGAAAUUACUCCAGCUCCUCAUCGACCUACAACUCGCUCACUGGGGCCGUCCAGACAUAUGCGGAUGGAUUUUUCUCGGUUGUUCAGCAGUAUACUCCCAGCAAUGGAUCCCUGGCUGAGCAAUUCACCCGGGAUGAUGGUACUCCAAUCUCUGCGCGCGAUCUGACCUGGUCUUAUGCGGCGUUCUUGACAGCUUCGGACCGUCGCAGUGGAACUGUUCCUGCGAGUUGGGGGGGCAUCUAG